CCCCCAUGGGGUGAAAAAUUUACGACAUGUGCGGGUGAAAGCGAAAUAUAGCUUACAAGCUCUCGUGAGUACCAAACUUCGACGUUAGCACCGUUGACGAGGGAAAGGGACGGCUGGACCCUUCUCGCGAUAGAAACAAAAUUCAGCACGCACCGCAGGAGGAAGGUGGGCCUGAAAUCCAUACGGCACCACCACCUGUGCCCCUGUCACUAAAGAGAGACAGCAGCUCGGUACACAUUGCCUGCCAUACCCCGCGAGAGUCAUGUCUGACAUCGACACGCCCACGGCCAAACGUGCCAAGACGAGUGAAGAAGACAACGAUCCCUGGCUCGUUGUGUCCGAGGGCGUCGCCGAUGUCGCCGAUGCUGCGGAAGGACAAGGAGCAGCUGCUGCUGCGGCAUCAACACCUAGCCUCGAUGGCAAUGGUUCGCAAGACGACGAGUUCGAUGAGGAGCUGGCCACCCUCCUGGCAGACGAGCCCCCGCGUGCUGCCAAGCAGACGCCUCUUGCGAAGGCGCUGCUGCAGGCGGCCGUGGGAAACCCGGGUGGAGUCCGGGCAUUGCUGAAGGAGCAAGCGGUGACGGCCGCGAAAGGCUGCAUGUGCGAGACACCCCAGCCGGGAUGGGCCAAUAGCGACCCCGAUAGGAUCACGACCUGUGGGCGCCAGCAGGCCCAUAUAAUCGCUGGGGUGUCUAUUCAGACGGUGGGCAGCCUCCCGCGAAGCCGAAACGUGGAUUGCAGCAACUAG